GCAUCGAGUUCCUGAUUGUUCAUUCAGCUGGCCAUUACUUGCUCAGAAUUCAGACUCCACGAUGCCUUCACCAGACGACUCGACCGUCACACUCACCUCCCACUGUUUGUGCAAGGCCAACACCUUCACCACCGAAGUACCCAAGUCGAAGCUCCCUCUACCAGCGCCGAUCUGCCAUUGUUGGUCCUGCAGACAUGUCACCGGUGCCCUAUAUACAUCGGACGUGCGCUGGCCAGAGCCGCGAGCCAACGUCGAUGUGUCGAAGCUAAAGGCGUACUCAUUCACCCCUCGCGUCAACCUGCUCUUCUGCCCAUCGUGCUCCACUCCAAUGUUCUGGGAGAUCUUGAACGAGCCUGGCAGUCCACUUGCAGCACUCACUGGAACGUUGACAAACAGUGAGGUGACGCCGAUCAGGUUCACAGGGCAAGGUUACGUUGGUGACACAAUUGAUGGAGGCGCAAGCGUGUGGCUUCAGGACGCGAACGCAGACGACUCAAAGUGUAGACGCUUCAAGCACGAGCCGGAGAACGCUGAUCCUCGUGAUGAAUUGCCAGCGGACUGGCCGCCUGCGAAUGGCCUCAUCGGGUUCGAGAAAAGGACCGGAGAUUCGGUACCCAUCCGCUGCAAGUGCAAGGGCGUCGAUCUCGUUCUACAUCGCGGCGACUAUUCAAAUAUUGAGGAAGAGGAUUUGCCGUGGAAUGUCGAUCCAGAAACGCACAAGCUCUCCACCAUCUUUUGUGGCUGCGACUCGUGCCGACUUCAGGGUGGCAUCGAUCUCUGGUACUGGGCGUACUUUGACAUAAAGCAUCUGUCUGCCGCCAAUGGAGACACGCCUGUCCCCAAGUCAAAACAUGAGCUGAAGGCGUCCAUCGACAGCAAGGAUCCCGUCAUUGGCAGCUUGGCCUAUUACGCCUCAGUAACCAGGGCUGGUGCGCUUCGCUUCUUCUGUAGCACAUGCUCAGCGACCGUGUUCUUCGCAGAGGAUGAUCGUCCUGAGCUACUGGAUGUCGCGGUGGGCUUGCUCGAUGCACCGGACGGCGCCCGAGCUGAGGGCUUUCUGUCGUGGUCGUUCGGCAAUAUUGACUUUAAGGGAGACGCUGAUGGCGGCUGGCGAGCCAGGCAUUUCGAUGGGGUAGAGAAGGAGACCGAGAAGUGGAGGGUUGCGAGGGGUUAUCCCAGGAACUGGCGGCAGACCGGUGGAGGCACUAUGACGAGCUAGUGGUCAUGUUGGAGGUGCUGCCCGUGCGGGGUCCGGUGUGUAUGGCAGACCAAAUCAGGGUUGGGUGGUGGGUGAACGGAGUCGUCCGAGGAGUCAGAAGUUGGCUGGGUAGGUGGCAGGGGUAAACAGCUGUCUUUGUCUUGAGGUAUCACUGAGCCCCUUACUGUCGAGCUGCACGUGUCUUUGCGCUUCGCUCGCGCUUCUGAGCCUACGUGUUUCUCGAGCGUCAUAUUUAAGCUUCUGAAUCGAGUCCGUGGCGCCCUCCUAUCCAUCGCGAUGAGAUGCCUGGUCGUUCUCUCCCAACGCGUGUACUGCACUUCC